AUGACCGAACCCAUCGUCCUUUAUGACAUCCCGCGCAUCCUCCGCGACGGUGAGACCGAAGCGGACAUGAGCUGGUCUCCCAAUGUCUAUAAGACUAGCGCGGCGUUGAACAUCAAGGGGCUUCCUUUCAAACGGGUCUGGGUCGACUUCAAAGAUGUCGCGGGCGUGCUCAGCAAGCUCGGCGUCCCUCCGCACAAGACGGGAAACCUUCAGUACACCUGUCCUACCAUAUACGACCCGGCGACCAAGCGAGCCAUCAUGGACUCCCAAGAGAUCCUCACGUAUCUCGAAGAACAGUAUCCAGAGAAGCCCAGCUUGUUCCCGGCGCACACCCGCGCGCUGCAGGUCGCGUUCAUUGACAACAUCCUGCCGCGUCUGCUCAUGAACGUCGCCCCGACGCUCACGCUGGACCUGUACGGGUUGGUGAUUGAAGAGUCCAGGCCGUACUUCCGCGAGGCGCGUGCACGGGACUUCGGUAUCCCUAUCGAGCAAGUCAUGUCGCACGGCGACGCACGCGCCAAGAACCUCUCUGCCUUCCAGUCGGUGUUGGAAGACGUGCUGAAGUGGAUGGCUGCAAACGGGGAGGGCGCUCCAUACGUGACAGGAGACGUCCCAUCUAAUGCCGACUUAUACUUCGCCGGCGUACUAGUCUUCAUCAAGAGAAUCGGUGGGAAGGAUCACGAUCUUAUCAAGGUGAUCAGCACUGUGGGCAAUGGGCGGAUGUUGAAGUAUGUUGAGGAUACGGAGCGUCUUGCGUAG